UGGAAGGCUCGACCAGGCGGGACGCGCCGCGUGACGCGCCCAUAAAACCACGGCCAACAGCGCUUCCCCUGUGCAACGUCCCCUGCGUUCCCCUUGUUCACCCUCCCUCCUCGGUCAGUCCUCUCCAAAAGUACUCUUACGACUUUCGUCCAGUAUGUUCGCCGCAGUCAGCGCCCUCAUCGCCCUCGUUCCCUUCGCGUCUGCGCUCGUCUUGGAGACACCGACCGGCUGGCAGAGCAGUACACCUGCUAACAUCAGCUGGCUGUCCAACCCGGACGAGUUCCACAACUCCUACGCCAUCGGCAACAACAUCCCAGCCAGCAACGACUUCUUCGCGUUCGAGAUGCCCACUGUGGCGGUUGGAGCUGGUUACUACGUGUUGGCUAUCAAUAUAUCGAACAUCAACCAGGUCUUCGCUCAGACUGGCGAGUUCUCCAUUGCCGCACCACCUGCCUCCGUUCCUCGUCUGCGACUUCUUCUGGUUCCGCCUCGGCCUCGUGACUCCGCCUCGGCCACGUCCUCUGGUGCCUCGUCGGCGGCGUCCUCUACGUCCCCUGCGUCCGGCACCUUCAACGGCGCUGCCCGCUUCGACGUCAGCUUCGGCUCCCUGGCCGUCGCUGCCAUCGGUGUCGUUGCUGGCGCAGUCGUCGCCCUCUGAGGAGAUGAUGUAACGAUAGCACGACGCUUCUUUGCUUAUGGACAGAGUGGGUUUCUUCUGGUACUCGGUAUACCAUGUUCAUGGACGAGCACGGACUGUAUGGACUUCCCCCGCAUUUUGGACUUGCACUUGCUCCCGUUUACGACUUGCAUCGUUGUUUCCGUACUGGAUUGAAUUCACGAUCCAGUUGUGCCACUCGUUUGCCCCAGUACUUUGAGAGCCUUUUAAUGUCGACCGUCUGAAAACAUUC